CAUUUUUCUCAAAAUUUCCCAAAUCUCCAAAUACAGCAAAAACAAAAAAAAACCCUAGAAUUCUCUCCAAUGGCACCGAAGAGAAAGCCAACUGUGGAACAACCGUUGACGACCCGUGUAACUCGAAGCCAAACCCAAAAUGGCUACUCGAAGCCCGUUUCAGUUGACCCGGUACCACCAAAACCAAAACGGGUCAAAAAGACCACUGUUUCCGAGGCCAAACCGAAAGUGAAGGCUCCUGUUGAUUCCGGGUCGAAGAAGAUUGUUGUUGUUGAGCACUGUAAACAGUGCAAUCAGUUCAAGAUUCGGGCUGUGAAGGUGAAACAGGAGCUGGAAAAUGGAGUACCCGGUUUGGAAGUUCGGGUCAACCCGGAAAAGCCCAGAAGGGGUUGCUUUGAAAUCCGUCUAGAUGGUGAAAAUGGGGAGAAGUUUGUUAGCCUCUUGAAUAUGAAGAGGCCAUUUGGACCUAUGAAGGCACUUGAUAUGGACAAGGUCAUCUCUGAAAUUAUUGAGAAAAUCAAGUGAUAAAUUUUAUUUUUGGUAUUUGUUUUAAUGGGGGAAAUUUAGGGGUUUUGGGAUUUAGGGUUAUGUUUGGAUUUAGGUCACCUCUGAAAUUAUUGAGAAAAUCAAGUGAUUUUGGGUUUGUUUGGUUAAGUGCUUGAUAUUUUCAAUCCAUUUGUAGACCUUUGAAAAAGAAAAGAGAAUCUAUUAUGACCUUU